GCCUUUCAUAGUUAACAUGCCUGACAAAUAUGCUUUAUUGGUGAUUGAUAUCCAAAAUGAUUUCUUACCAGGUGGUUCAUUGGCCGUUCAAGAUGGUGACAAAAUCAUCCCUGAUGUUCUUGACCUUUUGGAUUCAUCUAAAUAUCAUUGGGAUGCAGUUGCUUUCAGUCAAGAUUGGCAUCCAAAAGAUCAUACAUCGUUUGCUUCAAAUCAUGCAGAUGUUGAACCUUUUGGACAGGUUGAAUUCACAUCAACUAAAGAUCCAAAUGUUAAAUCAUUGGAAACAGUUUGGCCAAACCAUUGUAUUCAACAUUGUCAUGGUUCUGGGUUCCCUGACCAAUUGAUUGAAGCUUAUAAAAAAGUCAAUGCUCCAAAGACAAUUGUCCAAAAGGGUGUUUUACAGGAUCGUGAUUAUUAUAGUGCUUUCAAUGAUAUUUGGGAUGACAAUAAAACUGAACUGGAUUCAUUUUUGAAAGAGAAUGGUAUCACUCAUGUUUUCCUUGUCGGUCUCGCUUAUGAUUAUUGUGUGAAAUUUAGUGCAGAAUCAAGUAGUAAAUUGGGGUAUAAAACAUUUGUUUUGAAACCAUUGAGCAAGGCUAUCAACACUGAAAAAAUCAAUGAAACUGAUGAGUACUAUGAAAAGAGUGGUGUUACUAUUGUGAACGAUAUAAACGAUGGACAUUUGGAUGCUGUGCAAAGUGGACAUUAAAUGGAUUACAAUCAAUGGAACUAUAUAUGGUAACUAC